AUACAAAACGAAAAAUGUCAAUUGUCAGUCUGCAAUAUAAGAGCGCAAUGGGUGGUCGUUUAAAAUUUAAAUAUAAUUCCUAGUGCUAGUUUAUUAUUUCAUGUGCGUAUACUAAAUACUAACAAUGAGACACAAGUAGAAUAAUAAAAGUGAAGUAAAAUUGUGUGAUUAGAGCACGCGACUCGGUCCUUCGCUUUCUAAAAUUUCCAUUCUUUAUUUGAAUUCGCGAAGUGCUACGAGAUAAAAUUGGAUAAAAACAUUUUAACUUAAAAUUGUCAAAUAAAUUAGAAUAAAUAUGUCAGAAGAACAGAGUAAAGUCAUGGAAGCGAAGAAGGAGCCAUUCUGGGUGUUUGGGUACGGUUCGCUGUGCUGGAACCCAGGUUUUGAGUACCAGCAGUCAAUUACUGGGUACGUGAAGGGAUUCUCAAGAAGAUUCUGGCAAGGAAACACGACACACAGAGGGACUGAUUCGAAGCCCGGCCGAGUCGCGACUCUAAUAGAAGACAAGGAAGGCAUCACCUGGGGCAAAGCGUUCCUGAUAUCACCAGACAACAACGCAGCCCUACCUUACCUAUCCACCCGAGAAUGCCAGCUCGGUGGCUACAGAACCCACACAGUUCACUUCCACCCUCGUCCUAAUCUCUUCGCCUCUUCAUCUUCCUCCGCUCCUUACUACUCUUCGGAGAAAAAACACGCUCUCCUAUACAUCGCCGUACCUGAAAACCGGCAUUGGUUAGGAGCAGCCCCUCUACCAGAUAUAGCUAAGCAAAUUCUAGAAUGCCAAGGACAGUCCGGUCCAAACGCGGAAUACCUCUUAAGGCUAGCAGACUUCAUGAGGGAAGAAAUCCCUGAGGCGUUAGACGAACACCUUUUUUCUUUGGAAAGGCUGGUGAGGAAAUUCGCUUCGGAUAUGAAGAUCUGCCUGAGGACGUUAAUGGGAGAGGAAUCGCAGGAAGAAAAGGCUGAGGUUAAGGCGGUCGUGCCAAGCUACCAGUUCGCUUCGAGAGUCCCGGAGAAGAAACUGCGUUGUGUCAAUAUGUGAUAUGAAGUUAGGCUAUGGACGGUCUCGAUAGUUGUAAGUAAGCCUAUUCGUCAUUGUUCAGUGGACUGAGGUGAAUAGUUGUGACCAUUUGGUAACAGUUUACUCGAAAAUUGUGCAGCAGUUCCGUGUUUUAGACGUAUUUACUAACUGGAUUAACUUUGUGCUUCGUUAUGAUAAUACUCCUUUAAUUGCUAUAAAUGUUUCUAUAGAUACGCAAAUACGGAAGGUAUUUUGCUGUUUAAAAUAAUGGAUGGAUAAAAUUAUGACAAAAUGAAUUGACAUACUGAUAUUGACAAAGAUCGUCAUGACUAUUUAUCUUGUUCUGAGUAGAACCGGGUAUUAGGUAGGUAGCAAAGAAAUGAGAUUUUGCAUGUGAUAAAUAAAUUGUUUUCGCAGAAAUAAUUAUGAAAUUUUUGCAAAGAAUAAUUUAAAUGGGUUCAAAACCUUUGUUCUAUAAUCUAGCUAAGUUUUGUGGUUAAUUUUUCGCCGCUUCCGUAGUUUGUAAAUAUAAAUACCUAAUUUAAGUGAAAGGGAUUAUUCCAUUUUUAUUGGUCUUUGCGAUGUUUAUAUCUAUACCGAAAUGCUUUGAAUGUUAAGUUAAUCAAUUUCUUAAACAAAGAAAAUAGCCAAACCAUUGUUUGUUAGACAAUACAUCCUUUGGGGACAGCUUAAUAUAUGUAAUUAUUUGUCAUUGUCAACAUAAUUGUAUGUAUACUAAUUCUAUCAUAACAAAUUCAUUUAUUUACUAGGUAUAUUAGUUACACUAUUUAUGUAUAUGCUCUGCAUUUUUUGACUUUGUAUAACGCUGGACGGUUGUACUAAAAAUACAGGCAUUUUAUAAAAACAUUUUGGAAUUAACCGUAACGAAAAUGACAUGAAGAAAAUUGAAUUGACAUAAAAUAAAAAUGUGAAUUGACAAGAAUUUCGAAAUUACACGAAAAAAAGUGUUGGUUUCUAUUCUUAUUUUGAUUGUAAUUCAAAAUGAUAGAAACAUUAUGACUUUUUGAUUUGGCAGCAUAAAUUCGUAGCUGAGUAUGUGUUUAUUGUAAUUAUAUCAAACAUUAUAUAUUUUUAUAAUUAAAUCAUGUAACUAUAUUUUAUUUAAGAAUGUUAUUUUGUAAUUACACUAAAACAACGCACAAACAAAAACAAAACCAAAUAAUGAUGUAAUAAAAUAAGUAUUAUCAACGAAUCUAGAUUAAUUUAGUUUAUUUUGUGAUUAAUAGAUUUAUUUUAUUUAAUUUUAAGUAAAUUUUAUGUUGAUGUUAUUAUUUAAAAUACUGGUAAUACGAAUUUUGUUUGUAACUGUUUUAAUAUUCGCUAGAAUUCUAAAGAUUAUUGUGAUAAGUACUAAAUGAAAUUUGUAAAACGAUUAUUGUGUAAUUUAAACAAAAAAUGUGAAUGUUCAAUUAGCAUAAUUUUUGUAUGAACAUUUGAAUGUUAAUUUAAGGCGACGCCAUAAUGUACUGACAAAAAUAAAAUUGUGUAUAAUGA